AUGCGGUCCCAGCGCAUGGCCGCCUUGGCGGUACUCAUGCUUCCCGCAGUAUCCGCCGCGGCUCAGCUUUCAGACAUCAUCACUCAGUUCGGCCUGACGGACUCGCACACGUUCAAGUUCCCCACACAGGACUUGUCUGGUAGUGACGCUGCCAACUACAUCAUCUCCAACUGGGACCUGAACGGCGACCACAUCGCCUGGGGAACCAAGUACAUCUCCUUUGCUCCUGACCCGGCUACAUCCUCAAACUCGUCUGCGAGGCGCAGGAGAGAUGACGAACCGACGCCCGCAGCUCGUUACGCGGCUACCUCGGGCCCAGCAUUAGAAGGGAGGUCCAAGAAGAACUCGACUUCAACAUCAGCUUCGGCCACCAGUAGCGUUGCCGCUGCCGCAAGCUCGGCUGUCACCGACGACUCGGCUGUUCUCCGUGUGGAGUAUCCCGCCGGCUCGUACUCGAACCAGACAGGCGGAACCCAGUUCUACGCUCAGCCUAUCAACGCCUCGUCGUCGAGCACCUCGCCAUUGAACGUGACCUCGAACGGCCAGUAUGAGCGCAUGCUGCUCUCUUACGAUGUCUUCUUCCCCUCGGGCUUCGGAUUCAACCUUGGCGGCAAGCUCCCCGGUCUGCGUGGUGGACCGGACCCUACCGGCUGCUCUGGCGGUCACCAGGCGGACGGCACCAAGUGCUUCUCAACACGCCUCAUGUGGCGCAGCGGCUCUCUUGGCGAAGUGUAUGCCUACCUGCCCACGGGCCCCAAGAACUUCUGCUCGCAGCAGUACAUCACCUGUAACUCGGACUAUGGAACCUCCAUUGGCCGUGGCUCCAUCUCGUUUGCUACUGGCAAGUGGCAGACCGUCUGGCUCUACGUCGAGCUCAACAAGGUCGGCACCAACAACGGUAUCAUCUCGUUGUGGUACAACGGUGUCCAGGCUUGGCAGUUGACCAACCUCGAGAUCCGUUCCGCCGCCUCCAUCGCGUCGGUUGGCGGCCUUUACUUUUCGACCUUUUUCGGCGGUGACGACGAGACCUGGGCCUCGCCUACCGACCAAUUCACCUACUUCCGCAACAUUACAAUCGUGGGCGGUCUCGGCCAGUCUGACCUCGCCGGCUCCAAGUCGGCUGCCGUCUCCACCGUCGCGCCUCCUCGCACGGGCGUCAUUGCUAUUGCUGCCGCCACCCUCAUCACACUCGCUGCCAGCUUCGUGUACUAG